AUGAAACCAAUCGCCGUCCUUUCACUUAUAAUCUGCUUUGUAAUUUUCCCUUCUAUCUUGUAUUUAAGGACGAGAGGUCCUGUUAAUCCAGAUAAACUGCAGCAGCAGCAGCAGGAUAUGAGUAGAUUUGAUAGUGGAAAUUUGUCGUCCAAAUUUCGAGUCCCCUCAGGAAAAAGUCGCGGGCCUGUUAUUAUGCCGGCUUUAAACAAUUCAACGUUAAAAGCUGAACUCGGACGUAGUACCUGGAAGCUUCUACAUACGAUAAUGGCACGUUUCCCUGAAAAACCAACGGAAAAUGAAAAAGAAGCUUUGAGAAGUUAUGUUUAUUUAUUCAGCAGACUUUAUCCAUGUGGCGAAUGUGCCACGGAAUUUCAAAAAAUUUUGGAAAAAUAUCCCCCGCAAGUUUCUUCCCGCGAGGCAGCCUCGCAAUGGAUGUGUGCAAUACACAAUAUAGUUAAUAAACGGCUUAAGAAGGAGCAAUUUGAUUGCGGCCAGAUUGCUGAUAAAUACAAAUGUGGAUGUGAUGAUGAAAAAAAUAGCACCACCACUAGUCUUAAUUUCCCGUAG